CGUUGCAGUAACCAGGCAUUUCUGAAGGAGUUAACAAGGAGGUACAUAUUGUUAUUUUUCGCUAUGUUUCAUUAACCGCGCCAUAUUACGUGCCCGUUGUGCGCUUAAAGUUGUUUUUUCUCAAUCGCUGUUGAAUAUUUUGUUCCAGAUUAUGUGAAUCUCACGCAGUUGUGUACAACACAUCAGGCGGUAAUUAAUUAUAGUGUUCGUAACAUCAGCUUGAUAGCUGCUGGGGGUGGGCCAAUACUCGGGAGCUCACUACAGCUAAGUGCGACGAGAAUUCACGGGCGAGAAUUCCAGAAAAUUCCCAGAAACACGUGGAAAUUUGCGAGAGUUGUACGCGGAAACUUUGGGAACCAAUUGUAGUCCAGGAAGAAUAAGAUACAGUUUAAACCAUGACUGUCAGACUUAUCGUGCUUGGGAUUUUUCUACUAAUUGCGAGUCCAUGUUUUUCCAUAAAUGUCUUUGGAUUUUUGGGUCAGGCUUACCGCAAAAAUUUAAUUCAAUUCCGCGAAGAUCCUCAAUUUGGAAAUAAAAAAAUAUUUGAUGAGUACGAUUUUAUAGUGGUAGGAGCUGGUGCUGCGGGAGCAACGGUCGCCCGACGAUUAGCCGAGGUCUCAAAAUGGAACAUACUACUAUUGGAAGCUGGCGGAGAAGAAUCAUUGAUAACUUCUCUUCCAAGUAUUGCUCACUAUUUACAAUUUACAAAUUACAAUUGGGCAUACCACACGGAAGAGGAGUUGCAUGCCUGUAAAGGUCUUGUAAACAAGACUUGCCCUUGGCCAGCAGGAAAAGGAUUGGGAGGAAGCACAAUUAUUAAUAACAAUAUGUACACAAGGGGUAAUGUAAGAGAUUUCGAUCGUUGGGCAGAAGCAGGAAAUCGAGGGUGGUCUUAUGAUGAUGUACUUCCGUAUUUCCUAAAAAACGAAAACAUAAAAAUACCGGAACUAAAGGAGUCCCCCUAUCACGGGGUCGGAGGACCAUUGCCAAUUAGCUAUCCCGAAUUCAAGUCAAAACUGGUCGAUGCGUUCUUGGAGUCAGCACCUGAGGUCGGUAUGUCUGUUGGUGACUAUAACGCUCCGGGUAGUCAUGUGGUCUUUUCCAGGAUUCAAAGUACAACAUCGAGUGGCAGACGAAUCACUUCUGCUAGAGCUUAUCUCCACGACAAACUAAAUAAUCUGCAUAUAGUCGAAUUCGGGUAUGUCACUAAAAUAUUGAUAGACGACCGAACAAAAGUGGCGUAUGGAGUAGAGUUUGUGAAGAACAAAAAGAAAAGAAGAGUUAUGGCUAAAAAGGAGGUAAUAAUAUCAGCAGGCACGUUCAACUCGGCUAAACUGUUAAUGUUGUCGGGUAUUGGGCCUAAAGAACAUCUGGGUCCUUUGGGUAUAAAGACCGUAAGCGAUUUGCGCGUGGGAGACAACUUACAAGAACAUCCGGCAUUUGCCGGGUUAGCUUUUAUAGUGAACGACACUGUAUCGUUUGUACCGGACAGAAUAUACCGUGACUUAAUAAACGAAGCAAUAAAAAUAUACGAGAAAAGGAGUUGGAUGACGACCUUGCCACCCGAAGGUGUUGGCUACGUGAAAACCAAGUACAACACGGAUGUAGGAGACAUACCCGAUAUCGAGUAUAUAUUCCUGUCUACCAGUUUGGCGGGAGAAGGGGGUUUGGGUGCCAGUAUCGGACGGAGAUCGAUGGGUGUACCCGACAGGCUGUACUACGAAACGUAUAACGGCGCUUUGGCACGUGACACGUGGUCGAUUUGGGUUAUGUUGAUGUACCCGGAGAGCAGAGGACAGGUGAGGCUGCGCAGUGCCAAUCCAUUCGACAAGCCGGUGAUCAACGCCAACUUUUUCACCGACCGUACGGAUUUGAAACGAAUCGUGGAGGGCAUCAAAAUGUCGAUCGAGCUCAGCAAGACCAAGGCGUUUCAGAAGUACGGUUCCCGGUUACACAAAACGCCCCUGCUUGGGUGCAGGCAUUUGGAAUUCGGCACCGAUCCGUACUGGGAGUGUUGCGUUGAGACGAUGACAAUGCAGAUGCACCACCAGUGCGGCACGUGCAAAAUGGGACCGGAAUGGGAUCGAAACGCCGUAGUGAACUCUCAGCUGAAGGUGUACGGUGUGAAUAGACUGAGGGUGAUCGACUGCUCCAUAAUGCCCACGAUUACAGGCGCCCACACUGUGGCACCGACCUACAUGAUUGGGGAGAAGGGCGCCGAUUUAGUGAAGUCUACUUGGUUGAGAAACAUCCAAGCAGACUUGUGAUCAGUACCUAACUGAUAUAAAUUAAAACCUGUGCACACCUAUGAAAUUAUAUCUGUGAAAAUUAAUCUAUUCUGUGUAGUUAUUGUGUUAUUAUGUAGAUAGACAUUAUUUUUUAUUGUAUUUCUUUAAACUUGUGUAGGAUAUAAGUAUAGAAUAUAAAACAUAUAUAAUAAGCAAUGUAUAAUAGUCUAAGAUAAAAUAAUUUUGAAAAAAAAUUAUUACUUAAGGUACAUUUACCAGUACUGACCAUAUUUAUAUCAAAAACAGGUACCUCGGAAAUUAUCUUUUCUCAAAAUAGAACCAUAAUGUUAAAUAGUAUUUUAAUGAGUUGAGCACAAUCAUUUUUAGCUAAAGAUACUGAAUAUCGAUUUGGUUUUGAUUAAUAUUUAGUUUGCAAAGAUGUAUUAAUUCUCUUCUCUCUCACUUUUACUCCAGACCAAUAUCACGGACGAUCAUAAAUUUGUCAUGUAUUCAUUCCACCAUCAAAUAAAAUAAAACCAUUUUACUACCGUUUGGAUCGAAAAAUAAAAAUAAAUUGAAAUUGUUUUUGGAUUUUCCUAAAAAGAGGUGUGCCUCUAAAACUAAUCUCUAAAACUAAAAUUGUAUUACUGAUUAAUUUGACUAACUAUUUGUUUUAACUCUAUAUUAAUUCAAAAAAAUCACCAUUUUCCAAUAAGCAAUAACGAAUGUAAAAGCCCAAGAAGAUACAAUUUUUUUUUUAAAUAGAAUUAUUAUUUCUGAAUAAAAUAAUAUUACGAUGAUUGAAAAAUAAAUGAAAAUUGUUUAACUAUUAACUAUGAAGACUAAGAUAAAUAAAUACAAUUUGAGGUGCA